GAAUAGGUUGCACCGCCCUCUCAGCUCGGCGCAUCUCCUCUGCUGGACGAAGUGCGACCAUUUUGCAGGGGGGAGCGUCGAGUGGUGGCGACUGACGGUGUAAGGGAGCCAGGUCAGGGGCGCGGGGCGGCGGCCUGAGUCGCUGGACUCGGGGACUGACGCCCCGCGAGAGGGCGAGCGAGACCGGCGCCGAGCCUCCUCGGUGAUUUUGUCCUCGUCGCCGCCAGUGCCCGCCUCAGGGCCUCAAUUUAAUCAGCCAAGAUGUCUAGGCCUGUCAGGAACAGGAAAGUGGUGGACUAUUCACAGUUUCAGGAAUCUGAUGAUGCAGAUGAAGAAUAUGGCAGAGAUUCAGCUCCUCCAGCCAAGAAAAUCCGCUCAUCACCACGGGAAGCAAAAAACAAGAGACGGUCUGGAAAGAAUUCUCAGGAGGACAGUGAGGACUCUGAAAAAGACGUGAAGACAAAGAGAGAGGACUCACACUCGGCAGAUGAAGACUUUGGCAGUGAGGAUGACUUAGGAGCAGAUGAUGGCAAAGCUGAUAGUGACUAUGAGAGUACCCAAAAGAACAAAAAAGGGAAAAAAGCCAAACCUGAAAAAAACAAAAGAGCAACUUCCAAAUCCAGGAAAAGGGCUGCAGAGGACAGUGAGGAUGAGAAAGAAGACCACAAAAAUGUGCGUCAGCAGCGGCAGGCAGCAUCCAAAGCUGCUUCCAAGCAACGAGAAAUGCUGAUGGAUGAUGUUGGCAGUGAGGAGGAAGAUCAGGAAGAGGAAGAGGCAUCAUUCCAGGAAAAAGAUUCUGGCAGCGAUGAAGACUUCCUUGCGGAAGAUGAUGAUGAUAGUGACUAUGGCAGUUCAAAAAAGAAGAACAAAAAAGUGGCUAAGAAAUCCAAACCAGAAAGGAAAGAAAAGAAAAUGCCUAAGCCAAGGCUAAAGGCUACAGUUACGCCAAGUCCAGUGAAAGGCAAAGGGAAGGGAGGCCGUCCCACAGCUUCAAAGACAUCGAAAGAAAAGACCCCAUCUCCAAAAGAUGAUGAUGAAGAGCCUGAAAGUCCUCCAGAGAAGAAGAAAUCAGUUAGUCCUCCUCCAGACAAAUCUGGGGAUGAAGGGUCUGAAGAUGAAGUCCCCUCUGGUGAAGAUUAAAUGGUGGUGUGGGAGAGAAACUUUUUUUUGAGAGAGAGGAAGGAAAAGAGAAUAUACUUAGGGGUAGAACAUGGUUUUGGUUGUGGCUUGACUCAUGGGCUGUGAAUGCCACCUUUACUUUAGCUGUUUUAAUAGUACAGUAUCUUCUUUCUUUCCCCCGUGUUGUUUUUUUUUAAGAUAAUCUUUACACAAUAAUGUUUUGAUGUCACAGUCUCUACUGGCCAUUCCGUUCUCCCCAACCAAAUCUGAAAGCCAUUUAGACUUAAAUUAACAGCUUACUAAAGAUAUAUUUUUUGAAGGCUUACUGUGGUUGUAAAGCAAUAAGGUUGAGGCUGACACUUGGUGAUCAGAGUUAACAAAUAUAAUAGAUUUUUCAAAGCUGGGAAAAUUCUUCUAAGGCAACUGUUGCUUAAUUGAAUCCAAAACAUAUAUAUGAUUGCACAUAAUAUUUCUGUUGGCAUAAAUUCAUCCUUGGUAAAGGAAUUAUUUUGAAUUCCAUCAGGGUUUUAAGUUCCAAUAUUCUGAAUGUUUGGGGUUCCACAAUCUUUUUAAUAGCCAAGAAUUUUAAUGACCAUCUGGUCUGUACUUCAGCUUUUAGAAAGGCCCUAUAUGUUUAUAACAUGAUGCCCUUGCUUCUUCCUGUUUAGGAUAGCAUUCCAUUUGGCCAAACUGCAUUCAUUUCUUUCUGGCUCUUUAUGCUACUUUGACUCUUGACAUGAAAUGUAAAGCUUGGUUUCAAGGAGACAUUUGGGAAGCUGCAACAAAUAUUCUGCAAUUAUGGGGAUGAAAUGUUAAAGUAAGUUUUUCUUGACAAAUGUGAAAGUAGCUUUCCAUAUUAGCGCAGUCUCUGAUUUUCAAGCAAUAGCCAUGACUUGCUUUUGUUUUCCUUGACAUCCUCAAGAGUUAGAUUAUGCAUAACAGCUUCCACCAACAAAAAAUAUAACCUCCCCUUUUCACCUUUAUUGCUUAGAUCUGUUUUCUUCCUGCAGGGUGGCUUGCUAUUCCUGCUGCUCCAUUACCGGGUUUUAUGUAACCUCUGGUUAUCAGAGACUAAAAAUGUAGCCUAGGCAAGGAACCAGGGUAUGAACAGGAAGACACAAGGGAUGAAGAAGAGGCCUUAACACUAUAGCAAAAAUGUGGUACAUAAAAGUAGGUUAACUUGGCACUGUACCAUACAUUUAAGGGAGAGGCAUGCUGGCAUUUUAAUGAGCUUAAAUUGGUCUCACCAGUUUAAACAAGAUAGAUUUACCCUUUCGUCCUUGACAAAAGAGCUGCAGUAUUUAUUGUUAGAGUGCCACUUGCUUUGUUUUUCAUCUUGUAUACUUGUAAUAUAUGCUCUUCACAAGUUGGGGCUGAGUAUUAGAGUUCUGAAGCCACGUCCCUUUAUCUCUUACUAUACUGUAAGAUGGUUAAAAGUUUAGUGGAUGCUGUUCACAAGUAUCCUCUUCAAGGACCAUGUCUGCCUGGUAGUAUUAGAAAGCCAAAGCAACGAAGUACUAUAGUUGCUCUUCCUUAUAUUUGAGGCAUAAAUAUGCAUUUUUAAAAAAUAAAAAAAAUCCUUACUUAUACAGACUACUUUCUUCUAUUUAUAGCAUCUCUAUUCAUUGUUUCCACUGCAAGUAUGUUUUCGGAUUUAGCUAAGUAAUACAAGUUCAUCCUGGCUUGAAGUGACAGUUUUUACCUUAAUAUUUACAUAUAUAUUUUUGAACAAUACUUGGGUUGCAAUCCUCAGUACACCUACUAGGGAGUAAGCCUCAAACUCAAUGAGGCUUGGCUUCGGAGUAAAACAUGUUUAGGAUUGCAUUGCACACAAAUGGAAAUACCUUGAGCUCUUCCUUGGACAGAAGCCGAUCCAGUUCGGUAACUCUUGCCAAUUUAACCAAGGCUUAAAUGUCGAGUGUUCUGUAUAGUAUGGGCAUACUCCUUCUGGACAGUUGAGUCCAUAAUUUGUAGUUUUAUUCUCUAUUGAAACAAUUGAUGAUCUAGUCUAUCUGGUUGUCUCCAAAUGUGCAGGUUUGGGAAUGAUUAGCUCUAGUCAUUGUGGUCAGCCAACUUUAUGUUAGUGUCUGAACACAUUUCUGCUGCUCAUUCACAGUUGUUCUGAAGAACAUGUGCAUCUUCCUUCUUUUCAUUCUUUAAUAAAUAUAGCUGUGCAUAAUAUUCAGAUAGGCAUUUGGGACGCCAUUAUACUGUUCCUCUGUUUCUUCAAGCUAGUUAUCACUUUGAAUUUUUGUGAAACAGUUCUGUGUGUAAGGUAUAAUGAAGCGGUUGUUUUACCUUGAAUCUGUUAAAAACCUAUAAUAUUGAAGUGCUAUGCUUUUAUUGGGAUGUGGAUAUGUGCCCCUAGAAACAUGCAUUUUUGAAAGCCCUACAAACAACAAAUUCUCAUGUAAUUAGUAACUGCUUGGUCUCCCCAACUCUUUAAAUAGUAACAAGUUUUCAGAGACGGAAGGAAAUGUGUUUCAGUUCAUAACACAUUAGCAAAACAAUGUCAUAUUUUAUGUUUUGUUCUAUUUUUAUAGAAAUUUACCCCUUCAUUCUUAGUGCAGUAUUCUAGGGACUGGGUAGCUGUAUCAAUUCACUACUUUGUUCCAUGGGACAAGUGUUACCACAGAAACAGAUCUGUAAACUCCAGUGUAGAUUAAUCACUCUACAUCAGUUUCAUCUGGGAAUGGCAAGUAAUUAAUGUCCUAAUUUAAUUAGGUAUUUCUUGCAAAUUUGCUCAAAAACCAAAAGCCAAUGUGGAAGUGUAUCUAAGUAAUAGCUUUGUGAGUAGAUGUGAUAACAAGAAGGGAGGGGGGAAUCAAUGAAGGCUGCUUUUGUAGGCUGCCUUCUUGGGUUUGACCAGGUAGUGGUUGUCACGUUGCUGAAGAAACAUGCACAUCUUAAAAGUGAAUAUCCAAAUAUCCUCUUUUUGUGAUGGCUUUUUCUUGUCAGGAUAAUUCUUAGAGCAGAUCAAACAAAUGCAGGAGUCUAGAGUGAUUGAUUUGAUCUUGCAUGGGAAUCAUGUUUAAAUAGAAUAUUGGGAGAGAUGGGGUGGAGUAUACAUUCAGGUGACCUGUAAACCCUUCCAGAGCCAUUAGAAGGGUCACUCUGAUGCAGAUAUUGAAUAUAUUAAAUCAUGAUGUGGCUGCAGCAAGUACUGAAACUAUUACUUAUGUGGAUUGAAAAGAUUUUGUGUGUGUGUUUGUUUUUUAAUUCUUUUUAAAACCACGUACAACCAACAGCUAAACUAAUGAGUGGAGUUGGGGAGGAGGGAUAGCUAUAACAUGCUGGAAGCUUAUGAGCUGUAGAAAUUGGUGCUUUGCUUUAUGUAAUUUUUCUGUGGUGUUUAUUUUUUUAUAACAAAUCAUAAUGUUGGCACAUGAUUUUAUAAAAUAAAAGGAAAUUGAUUUCCAUGAAUUUAGGUAUUUGGGAAGUGAUAUUAGUACUUUGUGGGGGAGAUCUGACUCUUUUUUUCCCUUCAAGUAGCUUCGUUGAAUAGUCCCGGUGUGGGUGGGUGUCUAUGGGUGUGCAUGAACCAUUCGAUCCCAAACCACUUCACCUUGAACUGGCUGAGUUCAACGGUUUGAUCACGAACCAGACCAGAGGCAGUCCAGUCUGUAAUUGAACCAAGCCCGUUCUGUGGCAGACCUGUUGGGGAUCAAGGGGCUCUGCUUGUAAAGGGGAAACCGGUGAGGAUUCUCCUUUACAAGCAAAAGGGUGUGGGAAUCUUGAAAAGAUUUGGAGGGUGGGGCAAGAGAGCACCUUUUAAAGUAGACUAAGCUUUUUACUGGUUCGGUGGCAGCAGCCACUCCUCAAAGCCUCUGGGCUCAGUCCAAGCAUGCGGCAGUCCCUCCAGCAACCCACCCACACAAUGGCGGCACAGUUCUGCUGCUGCUGCAUAGGCAGGUUCCUGGAGGGAAUGCUGUGCCUGGACUGCACCAGUGGGGCUUCAAGGAGCAGCAGCCGCCACUACUGGACCAGUAAAACUCUUAAUCUACACUUAAAGGUGCUCUCUUGCCACCCCAACCACCCUUUAGAACACUUCUCAAGGAUUCCCCCAACCCUUUUGCUUGUAAAAGGGAAUCCUCACCAGAUACCUCUUUGCAAGCAUAGCCCCUCAAAACACUGAACCUGAAUGAUUGGUUCAAACUUGGUCCGAAUUCAAAUCGACCCACAAAUUUCAGUUCAUGCACACACCUACUUGUGUCCGCCUGUUAAUGAAACCUAACAACCUCUCUUUUCUCCCACCCCCACCCCAGUUGCAUUUGGAACAAAUUGUGUAUAGAGUUAGGAGCCUAAAUGGAAAUCGUAGAACUGGAUAAUGAAUCCCUCUUGUGUGUGUGUGAUAGUCAGCCAUGAGUGAAAUGCACAAGGCAGAAGUUGGAAAGGUUUUUUAAAUAUGAGUGUACUUCUAACAAUUUAAGGGCCCAGAGUUCAUAGUUUAUAACACAGCUAAGCUAACAGUUGCCUUGGGUAUUCCUCCCCACUCUCAUUUUGAUUUUCUGGUCCACUGAGGCUCACACUUCAGCUCCUACUUUAUUCUCUAAACUCUUUUCUUAACCCUUAAAGCAAAGUUUCUCCUUUUCAAGUCUGUUAAAGCAUUCACUGCAUGCUGACUUGAUGGGUUGACCACUGUUGAAAACACCUAUUGCCCCACGUGCCCCUGUACAAAACUGUAGCGAAUGGAACGGUUCCAUCGGUGUGAGCAUGCUUGGUGUGACUGCAAGAUACCAUUGUGCAUAUGCUUUGUAUAUCUGGGGAGGGGUGUUUUUUAUAGGGGGGGAAUAGGGGGUUUGGGGCAGAACAAUACACAAACUUGCUUAAGCCACAAUAACAUGAAAACCCCUUCAAGUAUCUUGUGUGAGUGUGGUUGAUUGAAUGAGUGGGUGGGUGGGUGGCUGACAAUUUAAUGGUGUGUUAAAAAAUUGUGAAUUUUAGUUUUCCUGCAGAAACAAUUAUUACAAAACUUGUAUAUAAGAGAAUUACAUAAUUUGUUUACCAGGAACAUGUCACAGUAAAACCCUGAACUAUUCUCGAACAUAAGAGGUAAAAAGACUCCAAAUGGGGCAAGUGCUCUUAGCAUCAGCUUGGAGUUGCUGAAAUGGAAUGCAGUGGAUCUUUGUCUUGGGUAUUCACUACCCUGUUGGGUGGUCAGACUCCCCUUGUGGUUUUGUGUGUGUGUGUGUUUUUGUGUGGCUUUGGAAGACAGGCUGCUGACUAAAAUACUCAGCUGCUACUAGUCAGUUAUCUGAAGGAAUAUUUCUAUUCAAGAUGCCACUGUCACCAGUCAUGAUCAUAACCAGUAGGGUUGUCAGUCCCUUGACAAUGAAAUCUGCAGCAUGGUACUCGGAGUUCAGUUUGAAUGUAACAUUAAUGCUUUAUUUAAAAAUGCAUUUUUUAAAAGGGGGGGGGGUUGAAGUGAACAUGACGUUGUUGACCAUGUUCGUGAAUUAUAGAUGCAACAUGCAUUGGUAGAAUUGUGUGAUGGUCUUUUGUGCUACUUAAUUUUACAUAUUCCAGUCUCUGUAUGUACUUGCAAUUAAAAAAAAAAAUUAACAAUCCCUGCUUUGCUUUUUAUUGAAGGGUUCCCAGGACUGCAUACCUGCUCCUGAGCUCUGUUUUAAGUAUGUGUAUCUUUGGCUUGUAUUUUGUAUUAAAAAAAAAAAAAGACAUGGAAAAGAACCCUUUAUUGUUCAGCAUGUUGGAAUUGUGUCCCCCUCAUUUUUCCCUCAUUUCUUUUCUUUUCUUUUUUUUAAAUAUAUCAAGCAACUUAUUCUUCUGUAUCUUAUUUUCUUUUGUAAACUUUUUGGUUUUGUUUAAAAAUGGCUUUAUAAAAGGGCUUUUAUAACCCA